GAAUCGCCCCUGGCUCAGACUCAGUCUCUUUCUCCAUUUUGCAAAAUUGGAGCGCGCAUCUAAAAGUUCCUUUCCAGUGUGUGAAUGUGCGCGCGCUGUCAUGACAACAUCGGAACAACCUAGUCAGCAGUUCAACUGAUGGGUGGGUGUGGCAACAGUAGCGUGCUGAACUCUCAAGUAAUGUUCGUUUGGCUGCCUGGGGCUCGAUGAUAUAGAGCGACAAACUUUUUUUUGAGCAAGCAUUGAUUAUGCGUGACACGGUCUCAAUUUGCGGGACGCAUGAAUUGGGCUUCAAACGCUGUGCGCGCACGCGCUACGCGGGACGGGUGGUCACCCUACCUUAAGUAUGACUAAUGCUCACUUGGAAACCCUUCAGCAUGCGUGAAUGCAAUAUGUGGAGUAUAUCAAAAAUGUGUGCAUCUGAUGCACUGGCAGCACCUGCAAUCUAUCUAACGUUACAUGAAUUAACAUACGCAAACGCACUCCAUUUACGGCGUGCUUCUGUCUGUGAAGAAGCGAGCAAUUAUAUCUCGUUUCAGCGAACUUUCCGUAAACUUCCAGCCCAUCCAGAGCACCGCAGUACGGCUGUCACCGCAGAAGUGGACUACUUCAUGCAGCGCUGCGCAGACCAGAAGGCGUAUAACAUUGGCUAUCGCGAUAGCAUGGCUGUGCAUUUAACAGUCUGUAUUUUGAAAUGAUCUCGCGAUAGCUUGAUGUCAUCCAACGUUUACAGCCCUGCGUAAAAGACAACGCAUCGACUGCGUUUGGAUUUCCAGAGCUUUCGCCCAAAGCGUCCGCCGCGUUUCUAUAGUAACCGCGGGCCAGGACGGUUUUAUUUUAAGGGCGUGCGGAAUCCUGUGGUUGAAUUUGGCAGUCAGCAGACGCGUGAAAAGUGAGGAAAACACCGAAAACAAAAUGCCCUUCAUCGCUGCAAGGGAAGAUGACGGUCAGAGUAAGACGAAGAUCCAUGAUGCUGACAGACCUUCCUCUGAGAGUCAACUCGAAUUGAGAGACGUCGUGUUUGUCAUCCAGAGCCAGAGGAAUUCGUACCAUGUCCAGCAGGCAGAGAAACUCAGAACAGACCUUCUUCAGCAGACACGAGCACUUCAACAGAAUGCCCCUGUCAUCCUGCUCCUGCACACGCUGUCAGAUACAGAAGGAACAUGGAGUAUUCUCCCACUGCUGCCUUACUUUUCGUCUCAUUUUGGUAAGAACUGUUCUUGGAUCAUGUUUCUGGAAGAGGACACCAGGGUGUCACUUGAAAAACUUCAUGGAGUCCUCCAAAAAUUUGACAGGAGAAAAGAGUGGUUUCUUGGCAAGCCAUUACACGAUGAAGAGUCCACCAUCAUCCAUCAUUACGCCUUCUCUGAGAACCCUGCAGCUUUUGAGUACCCAGACUUCUCUGCAGGAUGGGCGCUUAGCAUCCCUCUUGUCAACAGAUUGGCAAACAAAAUACAAGAAGAUCCCUUAAAGUCAGACUUCACCAUAGAUCUAAAGCACGAGGUGGCGCUGUAUAUCUGGGAGGACGGAAAGGGACCUCGUCUGACAGCGGUUCCAGAGUUUUGCACGUUGUCGGAGCAGUCUCCAGACACCCAACACUGUGCCACCACUGUCAGCAGCCGCUCACCGCUGUGUGGUCAGCCUGUUAAAAGCGACAACAUCUUCGUAGCAGUGAAAACCUGCAAGAAGUUCCAUUUCGACAGAGUCCCAGUUGUGAAGAAAACAUGGGAGAAACAGACCAAACUUCUGGAGUACUACAGCGAUUAUGCCGAUCCUUCUAUACCUACUAUUGAUCUGGGUGUGCCCAACACAGAGAGGGGUCACUGUGGAAAGACGUUCGCCAUCUUGAGGAGAUAUCUAAGCAGGGCCGUGCCAAAGACUGAUUGGCUGAUAAUUGUGGAUGACGAUACUCUUAUAAGCUUGCCCAGACUGCAGGCCUUGCUGAGCUGUUAUGACUCCAGUGAGCCGGUAUGUCUGGGAGAGCGCUACGGUUAUGGAUUGGGCCAGGGAGGAUACAGUUACAUCACUGGUGGAGGGGGGAUCGUGUUCAGUCGUGAAGCUGUGAUCCGGUUGUUAGCCAGCGGCUGUAAGUGUUACAGCAAUGAUGCCCCUGACGACAUGGUUUUGGGCAUGUGCCUCAACGCCCUCCGAGUCCCCGUUACACACAGUCCCCUCUUUCAUCAGGCCCGUCCUGAAGAUUAUGCGAGGGAUUUUUUGGCCCACCAGACCCCUGUUUCCUUCCACAAACACUGGAACAUCGACCCCGUUGCAGUCUUCAACAAGUGGUUGAAGUACGAUAAACACUCUGAUGUACUACAAAAGGGCACUAAGGAGGAAUUAUAAUGUCUGUGUAUAUGUGUGUGUGCGUGUGCGCGUGUGUGCGUAUAGGUGUGUGUAUGUGUGUGUGUGAAUAGUAACGUUUCAUUUAAUUUUCUAAGUAGUGAAUCUUACACAAAGAUUGAAUGGAAUGGGAGGUAUGAAUGUUAGCUUUACUGUGUUUUGGUCGCAUGUCUUAGAUGUUGGAAAUUUAUGUCUGAAAUAUUUAUAUUCCAAUUAUCACAACCUGUCUAAGGUUAUUUGUAGGUUUAUUUUUGAACACUUUUGUUUUUAAAGAUGUGACUUAUGUGUUAAAUAUGAAAUUUAUGAUAAACUAUUUCCUGUUGCCUUAAAUCAUCACUUGCAGAGUCCUGAUUUCAACACAGAAUCAAGUGUAUUUCAACCAAAGAGAAGCUGAAGCUGAAGCUUCUCUCUGUUGGCAGUUUUUUUAGGUCCAAUGUGAUUUGAGAGCUCAAAAAAAAGUUUUAUAGUGAAGUAAACUCCCGACACACACAUACACUCACACUGUGUUACUUUAAAAUCUCUGGCUAGUGUUACUUAAGAACAGCAGGCUAGUUUUUAUUUUAGAAAUAUUAAAUAAAAUAUUAUUCUUAAAGUUGUUAAUAUACCUUUGUUGAAGAUUUCAUCAAUGUGUGAACUUUGAACACCCUAAAAGACGAUGCUACAGUAAAUGGCUGCAUGCAUUGUUCAUCAGCACUGAUCAUAUUACAAAAAUAUAUUUUCACAAAAUGUCUUACUGUAUUUCUAUACACAUACUUUUCUGUUUACUUUUAUGAGUUUGGGGUCAUUAAGAGAUGGUGAUUGUCAUUUGUGCUGUGUUUGGAAAAAGAUUUACAAAGUGACACACAGCAAAAUGAUGUUCUCAUCGAUGUUGCUACUAAAUCUUCAUGGAGACUUGAUUUAAGAACUUAAACUUAAGAUUGUCCUAAUUAAAAUG